GAACAUUCUGAUCUUGGUUGGCUUUUUGUGUUUGUGUAGCUGUGGUGGCUGUCAAAAGAUGAGGAACAGCUCAUCUUUUUGGAUGGUGAUCUUUUGGGUUUGGUUGGGUGGCUCCUGUGAUAUGUGGGGGUUCUUUUGAGAAUAUAGUGAACUUUGUGUUCCUUGUCGUGCCCACUUCUUAUUUUGAUUCUUCGUACUCACACAUCCCACGAACUAAACUUUCCUUGUAACUUGCUUCUACUAGUUUCACUCUCUUUCUCCUGCCACCCUACUUUGUUUUCUCAUAUGUUUGCUCAGAGAACGGGAACAAACUUCUGCCUCUGGAGGAGCUUGGCUUCAAAGCUGGGACAGAACUAGAAACGUGGCCAAUGAAGGAAUGUUGAUUGUGGAACUUUGCGGAGCAGAAAGGGUGUUGGUGGUGGUGUCUAAAUCCAUUGUUAGGAACAACAUAUUUAAUAGAGAGUGGGGCGGUGGUGUCAGUGUUGAGCAAGUGGGGGUGUCUCUUAAGUCUUAAAACUCUACCUUUGAGGGAAUUAGUAUAUAAAUAUUUGUGUUGGAGGUAGUUUGUUUCUGUUGGUUAUGUCUCCUAACAUGGUCAUCUUUGCCGGACUCCUUGGACUUUGUUACCAAUUUAGUAAGCAACCUGUUUUUUGAGUCUCUUCCCAUUCAAGUUAGAAAAGAAUAAUAUCCCAUUUCUACCUUCUCUCUCACUGGCCUCGUUUUGUGAGAAAGAUUCGGUCAUACUAGGAAGGAAGCAACUCAACUAUACCACAAUUAUAUUUCAUCUUUUUCUUUCUUUCUUUCAUCACCUUGGACUUUACUAGCAAGUUACCCUCUUUCCUUUUUUUUUAAUCCAAACUCCUAGUAGGUGGUUUGCUUUGCAUACCCGGGAAGCGGCGGAGUAGGUGUUUGAAGCUGUAGUGAAGGUUAGGAAUUGGGUUCCUAUAAGGAAACGGAGCUUUUGCUUUUUACUUUGGUCAAGAUGAAGUUUAUGAAACUUGGAUCUAAGCCUGAUACUUUUCAGACUGAUGGAGAUAAUGUCAGGUAUGUGGCGACUGAGUUGGCAACUGAUAUAGUCAUUAAUGUUGGAGAUGUAAAAUUUUACCUCCAUAAGGGAAGUCUGUAAUUCAAUCCAACUGCCACAAAGGUCUGAUGAUGGAAGGGAAGGAUAUGGUUCAACAUUUGUUUCCUUUUUGUAUGAAAAAACAUUCAUUUUCCCUUCCUUGAACACACUGGAAAAUUUGACUCUCUAAAAAAACUAGAGUUUAGGAUCUGUCAGAUAAUGUAUUUGUUCAUAAUCAUUCAGUUGAUUUUGUUGGUUUGACUUUUUACUGUAGACAAAUUAUUCUAGUAACUGAAGUUGAAAGCUGAGAUUGUGGACAUUAUCUGUCAUAUAUAUAUAUAUAUACACACACGCACAUACACACAAGUUCAUAAUGGAUUUGUGUAAUUUGCGAAGCAGAAUACUUGUCUUUGCAACUAUUGUAGACAAUUAUUUUUUUCAAUACGUUUAUGUUUUCUGCAUAAGUUUAUUAUUUGGUUUGAUUAAGGACUACAUUAUCCUUUCAACUACUGAUCAUGAUCUUUACCUGAUUAUUAUCUGUAGUUUCCACUUUUGUCCAAAAGUGCACGCUUGCAAAAGUUGGUUACAGACACAAAUGAGGAGAACAACGAUGAAGUUCAUAUCCAUGACAUUCCUGGUGGACCGAUUGCAUUUGAAAUAUGUGCCAAGUUCUGUUAUGGUAUGACAGUAACUCUCAAUGCAUACAAUGUCAUUGCAACUCGCUGUGCAGCAGAGUAUCUUGAGAUGUAUGAAACUGUUGAGAAAGGAAAUCUUAUUUACAAGAUUGAAGUCUUCCUAAACUCCAGCAUCUUCAGGAGUUGGAAAGACUCAAUUAUUGUUCUUCAAACUACCAAGUCUCUUCUACCAUGGUCAGAGGAACUUAAGGUAAUGAGCCAUUGCCUGGACUCCAUAGCUACCAAGGCUUCAAUGGAUCCAUCCAAGGUGGAGUGGUCAUACACUUAUAACAGGAAAAAACUUCCAUCUGAAAAUGGGAAUGAUCCACAUUGGAAUGGUGUGAGGAAACAACAGAUUGUUCCAAAGGACUGGUGGGUGGAAGACCUUUGUGACCUCCAACUUGAUCUGUAUAAGCGAGUCAUAUCAACAAUAACAACCAAUGGAAAUGUUUCUGGUGCUGUAAUUGGAGAAGCUCUAAAUGCUUAUGCCUCCAGAAGGUUGCCUGGAUUCAACAAUAGUGUUAUCCAGGGCGGCGAUAUCAUAAAGAAUAGAUUAGUGUUGAAGACUAUUGUCAAUCUAUUGCCAGCAGAUAUGGUCUCUGUCUCUUGCAGUUUCUUGCUGAAGUUAUUAAAAGCAGCUUCUCUCUUGGAAUGUGAAGUCUCAGAGAGAUCUGAUCUAAUAAAGAGAAUAGGCCAGUGUCUUGAAGAGGCUACAGUAGCUGAUCUUUUGAUUUGUGCACCAGUUGGCGAAACAACAAUGUUUGAUGUUGAUACAGUGCAAAGGCUAGUUGAAGAGUUUGUAGCCCAUGAGCAGCAAUCUCAGAUUGAACCUCUAUUGGAAGAUGAAUUGCUGGAGAUCAGAAGCCCACAGAUGGCAUCAAAUCCUUCUAAUAAGAUAAAGGUGGCAAAACUAGUGGAUGGUUACCUUGCUGAGAUUGCACGUGAUCCCAAUUUGCCUCUUUCAAAUUUUGUCAGUCUUGCAGAAUUGGUAUCAAGCUUCCCAAGACCUUCACAUGAUGGCCUUUAUCGUGCCAUUGACAUGUAUUUAAAGGAACAUCCUGGAAUCAGCAAGAGCGAGAGAAAAAGGAUAUGCAGGUUGAUGGACUGCAGGAAGUUGUCUGCAGAUGCCUGCAUGCACGCCGUGCAAAAUGAGCGGCUUCCUUUGCGUGUCGUUGUGCAGGUUCUCUUCUUUGAGCAACUGAGAGCUACAACAGCAUCCGGAGGCAACAGCACACCUGAUCUUCCCGGUUCUAUCAGGGCCUUGCACCCUGUUGGAUCUCAUGGUAGCUCAAGGUCUACCACAACCAACACAGAAGAGGAAUGGGAUGCUGUGGCAACAGCAGAAGACAUAAAAGCUCUCAAAGGGGAACUUGCAGCACUGAAACUCACAGGUGGAGGUAGUCAAGGUAGUGACAGAAACAGCAAUGAUGGUGUUAAAGGCAAUACUGAAAAACUAGCUGCAAAUAAAAUGAGAGGUUUCCUCAUGUCAAAGAAAAUAUUCUCCAAGAUUUGGUCAAGCAGAGAGAAGAAUGGUGAGAUUACUAGCUCUGAUACAUCUGAAAGCCCUGCUUCUACAGUUGUAGAGGAGACGAAGUCAACACCAUCUAGAAGUAGAAGGCAUUCAGUGUCUUAGAACAUGUUUUGCAAACUUAAAAGCAGCACUUUGUUGUUGUAUAAUACGGUGGAAACAUUAGGAGAUAGAGCUUACUUGACAUCUUGUAGCUGAUUCUUCAAUGGAGCUCUGGCAAGCAUUGCCAAAGCAGCUAUCACGGUCUGAUUAGAUUAGAGAUGAGCUCAAGGAGUGACACAGUUUUGUUGUACUAUAAUGAGAAAAAGAAUGUUAUUGCCUUGUCUGAAUCCCUACUAAUGGAGAUUUGUAAGCAGUUUUUAAGCCUAAAGGAGGUUAACUAACUAUAAUCAACUGCCAAUAUAGUUUAAUUGAUGUGAAUCACAUCAACAUUGGGCUUGUUUUAUAGAGUAAUCAAUUUAGCCAUUUU